CUCCCGGUACCCGCCUCCCGCCGGUGCCGGCCCCGCGCCCGCGGCCAGGCUCCACCUUCCGAAGGGGCCGUGGAGCUGUCAGGCGGCAGCGCCGGGUCCGCGCUCGGGAGCUUCGGAGCUCCCUCCUCCUCCGCCGCCGGUCCCGCGGAUGGUCCCGAGCGCCCGCCGCCGUCUCGCCUGCCCGGAGGAGGGUGCUGGCCAGGUGCUCUGGCCGUGGCUGCCCUGAAGCUCCCAGCCUCACUGCCGGCACGAUGCUGCCCAUGGGACCAGAGCCCCCAUGCCCCUUGCGGUGCCGACGUGACCCAGUGCGGCGAUGAGCCCGGGCAGCUCCUAGUGUGGCAGCUGGUGGCCCUGCAGCAGCCCCAAGAUGAGCGACGGGGGCUGGAUCACGCUCAGCCCCGCCGAGUUCGCCCAGCUCCAGCAGUACACCGACUACUCCACCAAGAAGCUCAAGGAUGUCUUGGAGGAGUUCCAUGGGGAUGGUGUCCUCUCGAGGUACAACCCUGAACAGCCCAUUGACUACGAGGGCUUCCGCCUCUUCAUGAAGACCUACCUGGAGGUGGAGGUGCCCGAGGAGCUCUGCCAGCACCUCUUCACGUCCUUCAAGCGGAAGAGCUGCCAGGCGGCCCCCGAGGCCCAGCACCGGAGCCCCAGCGUCUCGCAGCUCGAGCCCAAGUCACUUGAUGCCGGCAUCUCCAUCCAGACUGAGGUGGCCUGCGCUCCUGUCACAGGGAUCAACGGGAAAACGCUGCUCAGCACCCUGGGACGGCACGCGGCUGAGCCCAAGGGCUGCCCCAACACGGUGGCCGAGCCGCAGCCGGCAGCGCUGAGCCCAGCCUCCAUAGCCGCUGCCUCCCCCAGCUGGUCCCGGUCAUCCUCCCAGAAGUCCACCACUGGCACUCCCUCUGCUCACAACUCCUCAGGGUCCUCAAAGAUCUCCUCAGGGUCCCUGCUCAGCCCCCAGUCGCCAGGUGAGCUCCGCUGGGGCUGUGCAGGGGACAGGUGGCAGGGGUUCUCCGGUGCUGUCCCCGGGGCAGCAGUGGUGACCUCUCUGGCCAGGCAGCCUCCCAGUGCCUCAACACCUUUGCUUUGCAAACUGAAGCCAUCGGUCCCGUCCCGCAGAGCUGCUGCCUCUCAAUGUCUUAAUUACCUGGCAGCAGCUCCUAUGGAGAGGGGGAUUAAUGAAGUGCCUCCCCGCUGCCUGAGGAGCGAGCGGCCAUCUGCUGCGGGCUCAAGGAGUUUGGAGAAGAGACUUCCUUUCAGCCUGCGGAAAAGCCACAGCGCCCUGAAAGCUGCCCCCCAGCACCCUCCAGCCCCCCUGGCUCAGGUGGUCUACCUGAAGGACAUCGUCUGCUACCUGUCCCUGCUGGAGAGAGGACGGGCAGAGGACAAGCUGGAAUUUAUGUUUCGCCUGUAUGACACCGAUGGGAAUGGCAUCCUGGACAGCUCGGAGCUGGAUCGUAUCAUAAACCAGAUGGUGCAUGUGGCUGAGUACCUGGAGUGGGACUCUACUGAGCUGAAGCCUAUUCUGAAGGCAAUGAUGGAGGAGAUCGACUACGACCAUGAUGGGAACGUGACACUGGAAGAGUGGAUCCGGGGCGGCAUGACCACCAUCCCCCUGCUGGUCCUGCUGGGGAUGGAGACGAAUGUGAAGGACGAUGGGCAGCACGCCUGGAGGCUGAAGCACUUCAAGAAGCCUGCCUACUGCAACUUCUGCCGCACCAUGCUGCUGGGUGUCCGCAAGCAGGGCCUCUGCUGCUCCUUCUGCAAAUACACCGUGCACGAGAGGUGUGUGUCCAAAGACAUCGCCUCCUGCAUCAGCACCUACAUGAAGUCCAAGAGGAACACCAGUGUGAUGCAGCACACCUGGAUUGAGGGCAACUCCCCUGUCAAGUGUGACCGAUGCCACAAGAGCAUCAAGUGCUACCAGGGCAUCACCGGUCUGCACUGCGUCUGGUGCCAAGUCACCCUUCACAACAAAUGUGCUUCCCACGUGAAGCCGGAGUGUGACGGGGGCCCUCUGCGGGACCACAUCCUGCUGCCUUCCUACAUCUGCCCGGUGGUUCUGGAGCGGCAAUCCCACUGCCGCAGGUCUGACAGCGAGUCCCCGGCAAGCACCAGCCCCGAGGAUGGGCAGAACUUCAAGUUCAACUCCACCACAGUGGAUGGGCAAGGGCUGCAGAUCAGCCCCCGGCCUGGGACACAUCCCCUGCUGGUGUUCGUGAACCCCAAGAGUGGAGGGAGGCAAGGGGAGCGGGUCCUCCGAAAAUUUCACUACCUGCUCAACCCACGGCAAGUGUACAACCUGGAUCGUGGUGGGCCCGCUCCCGGGCUGAGCUUUUUCCGGGACACUCCAGAUUUCCGUGUCCUGGCCUGCGGAGGGGAUGGCACCGUCGGCUGGAUCCUGGACUGCAUAGACAAGGCAAACUUGCUGAAGCACCCGCCAGUGGCUGUCCUGCCUCUGGGAACGGGCAAUGACUUGGCCCGGUGCCUGCGCUGGGGAGGAGGCUACGAGGGCGGCAGCCUGAUGAAGGUGCUGAAGGACAUCGAGCACAGCACGGAGGUGAUGCUGGACCGCUGGCAGAUAGACGUGAUUCCCAGUGACAAGGAGGCCAAUGGGGACCCUGUCCCAUACAGCAUCAUCAACAACUACUUCUCCAUUGGGGUGGAUGCCUCCAUUGCCCACCGCUUCCACGUCAUGCGAGAAAAGCACCCUGAGAAAUUCAACAGCAGGAUGAAGAACAAGCUGUGGUACUUCGAGUUUGGCACGUCGGAAACCUUUGCAGCCACCUGUAAGAAGCUCCACGACUACAUCGAGGUGGAGUGCGAUGGGACCCUGCUGGACCUGAGCAACGCCUCCUUGGAGGGCAUCGCUGUCCUCAACAUCCCCAGCAUGUAUGGCGGCUCCAACCUCUGGGGCGAGACCAAGAAGCAGCGUGGCUACAACCGCCUGAGCAAGAAAGCACCGGAGAAGCCGCACACAGCGGUGGUGACCGAUGCCAAGGAGCUCAAGUUCUGUGCACAAGACCUCAGUGACCACCUGCUGGAGGUGGUGGGGCUGGAGGGCGCAAUGGAGAUGGGACAGAUCUACACGGGGCUGAAGAGCGCUGGGAAGAGGCUGGCCCAGUGUUCAGCCGUCACUAUCAGGACCUCCAAGCUGCUGCCUAUGCAGGUGGAUGGGGAGCCCUGGAUGCAGCCAUCCUGCACUGUCAAAAUUACACAUAAAAGCCAAGUGCCAAUGCUGCUGGGCCCUCCCCAGAAGAGCAGCUUCUUUUUCCUGAAGAGGAGAAACCGAACUCGAGAUUAAGCUGGGUGCAAAGAGCCGCAGCCCAGAGGCAGCCAGACAUCCUGGGCGACCCACAGGCUGCAAACCUUCAUCUCUGCGCAUCCUGACCCCUCUCCUGCUUCAGAAACACUGUGCUGGAAAGUCGGUGCGGGCUGUAUGGAGCGGGUCCUGCUGCAGGGUGUCCCACUGGCCCUGUGUCGAGGUGGGGAAGGAUUCCAGCCCAGCCAGCCCAGUGGGAUGCUCCAUCUUGGGAACAUUUGGGAUCUCCUCCCCAGCCACCACAAGCAUUUUCUCCAGCUGGGAUCGGAGCAAUGGGCAAAGGCAGCUUGGCGUGCAGGCGUGCUAGAACUGUUUUUUUUUCCCUUUAUUUAAAGAACUACCCCCUUCCUGCCAGCAGAGCUGCAAACGAACAUGUUCCUGAGAAAAAGCCAAGCUUCACUUAUUUAUUUUUAAUUUUCCUGAAGGACGCUUGGUGUUUUGCUGCACUGGCUUUCUUGUCCACCAGACCUACGCAUCUGAGAAGUUAUUUAUUUCCUUAGCCUCGAGGACUCGGCAGCCCGACCCUCGCUUCCCUUGCUGCUCUCCAAGCAGGUUCCCAUGUCUUCAGCUGGCUCUCCUGGUCCGCUUCAGAGCAGAUGCCGACACAGUGCUUGCUAUUGGCCCCGAAGCACGAUGCCACGGGGCGUGGAGCAGGCUGUGUGGGGACACAGCCCACCUGGGACAUGGGGCUGGGCUCAGGGCAGGCAGGGAACAGCCAGAGGGGAUUCCAGGGGUGAGCUGCCAGCCCAGCUCUGUUUGGACCUCCCAUCUGGAUUUGUACUUAUGUAUUUAUUGAACAAACUUCAAGGGGUCACUUCCCUCAUAAUGAGACCAGGUUGGACAUAAAUGCCACCCCCAUUGUGGCUGGCCAUCCUUGUGGCAGUGCGCCUGGUGUGGGCUGCAGCCCCAGGCAACUCUGUCCUCGCAGCCGCUGGGAGAGUGACGCGGCAUUUCCCAUCACCUAAAAGCUCCUCUGGCUUGGAAGCAUCAUGUUUUCAUACAUCCCAGUGAGGACUCACUCUGCUUCGGAUGCUGUUAGGUUGCUACAGGGAGCAUGUGAGCAGCCAGCCCUUGGAUUUGUUGCAGCCAGGUCUCUUCCUGACCCAUCCCAAAGUCAAGGAUACAGCCCAGCUCCUCCCCCAGUAUGCCACAGUAUCAGAAAACAGAGAAGUUCAUGACAGAUGCCCCGAGCUGAAUGUGUCCCCUGGCUCUGAGUAGCUGGGAGCUGCCAGCAGCGAGCCCCAGGAAGGUUUCCUGAUUUCUUCUGCAGCCACUCACUGUCCCCCACCCCCCUCAUGGCCCUGCACAGGGGACCACAGCUCCAAAAUCAGCCUCCUCCCCCUGCAGCAGUCCCCUCUGGAUGCUUUGUGCUGUCGAGAGCCGUUUGGUGGCAUCCCCCCAAGUGCAGAGCUGCUGCCAUCGUUAGGUUUCAGAGUUAACAGCGUGCUGAAAAGUGUUUGUCAUCCCCCCAGGCACAGACACUGCAGGCAGCGCCGUUCAAGUGCAGCGACCUGCGCGCUCCCUGCGGUGCAUAAAUCCGCCCUCCUCUGCUCCUCGCCUGGGGCAGCCAUUAAUGAGUAGCCAGGUGAAAGCUUACGGGAUGGGUGCCAAAAUAAACCCUGAAGUUCUCCUGAAACAGCAGCCUCCAUUUCUCCAGUCCCCUCCCUGAUGUUAUCUGCAGACCUCAACAGUGGCACCUGGUGAAGAUUAAAACAAAACAAAACAACCUCAAAGCCUGCACUGCUCUGCUUGGGGCGCAGGGUGGCAAGACACGAGGGCAGGGACAUUCAUAGAGGCAGGUUUGGCUUCCUUUCCCUCCCCACGUGGUCUCAACCUGUUGUUUUGUGGCUGUGGCCACGGUCAGAAGGUGUCUAUGCAAGCAGCAGCGUUUUUCUCCUCAGACUGAUCCUUGCACCCGGUCACAGUUUGGUGGGCCCGUGCUCUGGGCAAAGAUCAGUGCCAGGGCCAUUCCGCUUGGCUUUAGCAAUGGUGAUGGCAGAGCAGGGGCACACAGGCAGUGCCUGCUGCCUCCUCCGUGGGAUGCUGCGUGGAUCAUGCCAAAGGCAUCACUCAAUAGGACCUGCAGCUGGCGGUCACCUUAGUCCUAGGCUCCACCCUGAGGGGCUCACAGGGAUCAUGACACCCAUCUGGGUCAGCCAGUGCCUCCCACACCAGCCCCCAUUUGUACCCCCCAAGGCUGCAGGAUGGAGCCCCCAACUUCCCCAGAGUGGGCUCUGUUCCCGUCCUCCCGCCGUGUCCGUAGCCGUGGUUGCCUGCAUGGAAAUAGCGUGGUGUCCGUAGCGUAGCGUGUGUUGCCGUGUACACCAGGCCUGCUGUGGGCUUGCAUCAAAUAAAGGUGGCGAUGAAGCAC